UACUCUAAAUCACCCUCCCCUUCGUUCUCCCCGCCUCUUCCCCGCUGUCAUUUCUAUUCAGUUCUCCAUGUGGCCCAAACUAGCAUGUUGAUCGUCACUGCUGUCUGUGGUAUUGGGUGUAAAAAAAACUAUGGACAGAACAUUUAGUUCCCUGGUUAUGAGAGGGCGGGCUUGAACUAAACGGAAUAGCGUGCGCUGCUGUAUCACUGGCAAUACAGGCUACCGGCUGAAACUACAGGCUAUACACAACAUAAAAUACACGGAGGGAGAGAAUAAUCAAAACAAAUAGAAUAGAAAGGCCUGCCCAGGUGCAGAGAUGACAACUGAUAAGGAUCUGUGUAUGCAUGGCCAGUCUGUUCCAGUGGUUUUUACAACAAAGGGCAUUGACAUCACUCCUAAUAAAGACCAGGGAGUUUACAAGGUGAUAAAACGGCAGGGACAGGAUGGGGACAGACCCAUGAUUGGAGACAGGGUGACUGUUCAUUACACUGGCAGACUACUCAAUGGGAAGAAGUUUGAUUCAAGUCUAGAUCGCAAAGAGCCUUUUUGCUUCAAUCUGGGAAGGGGGCAGGUAAUUAAGGCCUGGGACAUUGCCUUGGCUACCAUGCAGAGAGGAGAAGUCUGCAUGCUCCUCUGUAAACAAGAGUAUUCCUAUGGAUCUGCUGGAAGCCCACCCAAAAUACCUCCCAACUCAUCACUACUGUUUGAGGUGGAGCUACUAAACUUUGAGGGAGAGAUGCUCACUGACGAUGGUGGGAUCAUCAGGAGGAUAAAGGUCAAAGGGGAGAGCUUCAAUAAUCCCAACGAGGGGUCCACUGUUGAAGUUCACCUCGAAGGCAGCUGUGAGGGUUGUCUGUUUGACUCAAGAGAUGUACGCUUUAUUGUGGGUGAGGCUGAUGACAAGAGGGUUCCUCUGGGAGUUGACCGGGCUAUGGAAAAGAUGCAGAAAGGAGAGUGCUGCUUGCUUUAUUUAAAACCCAAAUAUGCAUUUGGUAAAGAGGGUAAUCUGGAGUUCAAGAUUGGACCAAACACAGAAGUGGUAUAUGAAGUUACACUUAAAGAUUUUCAGAAGUCCAAAGAAUCCUGGGAAAUGGACUUGAGUGAAAAACUUGAUAUGGCUGUUGGAGUCAAACAUAAAGGAAACCAUUAUUACAAGGCCGGGCGGUAUUAUCAGGCAGUUAUUCAGUACCAGCGCAUUGUGUCCUGGCUGGAAAUGGAGUGUGGGACAGGGGUGGAGCAACAACAGAGGAUCCGGGACUUGCUCAUGUUGUCCCAGCUCAACCUAGCACUGUGUUUCUUGCGACUGAAGGACUUUUCACAAGCAGUAGAUAACUGCAACAAGGUCAUAGAAGUGGAUGGGAAGAAUGAGAAGGCAUUGUACCGUCGUGGGGAGGCCCGGCUCCUUCGUAAUGAGUUUGGCUUGGCCUUGACUGACUUCCGGCAAGUGCUGCAGGUCAACUCCUCAAAUCGAGCAGCCCGCGCUCAGAUUUCCAUUUGCCAGCGCAAGAUCCGGGAACACCAUGAACGGGACAAGAUAAUCUACGCCAACAUGUUCCAGAAAUUUGCUGAACAUGACGCUAAGGUGGGGAAGAUGAAGAGGAGGAGGGAUGACGGUGGAAGGACAGACGAGAACAGUCACCUGGGCGUUAGAAGACGACGCAAAAGUCAAGACUGUCUGUGAUGCUGUUGAUGUUCAGAAGAAAGGGACAAGGGGGGCAGGCCUUCCAUUGUUUACCUCACAGAGACCAGGGGUUUGAGGCAGGACUGGGGUGGGACUAGCCCCCAGACAUGUCUCAGUGCCCAUCGUGCUGUUCCUGCAUGAGAGGCUGGGUAUGAGUGAAAACAGCUGCAAACAUUCAGUCACAUGGAAUCAACCAUCUUGGGUAAUAUCUUGAACGUCAAAGUGCCGAUGACCAAUGCCCAAAGUUAAAAUAUUCCAAACAAAUGCAAAGUUGCAAGUUAUUUAAAAUGAUAUCAUGACAUCACAUGUAAUUGGUGCUUUGCAUACAAUGCACUUUUGACCUAUUUAUAUUAAAAUGUGCUUACAAUA